CGAUCCGAUUCCGAUCCUCAUCAUCGCCGCCAGAGCGAGCCAGAGCAAAAUCCGAUAUUUUUCAGAAAAGUCAAAAAUGCCCGAUAUCUUGAAGCUUCUGUAAUAAUUGUGUGUGUAUCGUUCUAUUUGUGCUUCAAUUGAGUUAUCGUAAAAACAAACGAAUCGCGUUCGAGAUAAUCGGAAUCAGCGCUUCCAAAACCCAACUCUCGGUUAUCAAUCGCAAUCGCCCAUAGAGGAAGGGGGUGGCUCUCUGCUGAGCCGCUUUGAGCUAUAAAGAACCAUGACAGAUCAAUGUUUUGAUCGGGCCAAUUCUUUACAGAUCGCUGGUGAUCACAUCCUGAUAUACGAAGCGUACUACAAACAGCUCGAUCCGAAGGAAUCCAAUGAGAUCGGAGCGCUCGAUGCGGCCAAAUUUCUCAAAAAAUCCGGACUGAGUGAUGUGGUGCUCAGCCGCAUAUGGGACCUGUCGGAUCCCAGCGGUCGGGGCUUUCUCACCAAGGAGGGCUUCUUUGUGGCACUGAAACUGAUCGGACUCGCCCAGGAGGGGUCCGAAAUCAACAUCAAAAACAUCUACAACGAGCUGCCGAAACCCCCCAAAGUGGGUGACCUUCCAAAAGUUCCCGCUCAAGUCAAACUGGUGCCGACGGAUAACACCGACUGGUCCAUGAAACCCGAAAAGCGACAACAGUAUGAGCAGCUGUUCGAAUCACUCGGUCCGAUGAAUGGGCUCCUCCCUGGCGCGAAAGUGCGCAACACGUUGAUGAAUUCCAAACUCCCAGUGGAAACGCUAGGCCGAAUCUGGGACCUAGCCGAUCAGGAUCGCGAUGGAAGCCUCGACAAGCACGAAUUUUGCGUCGCCAUGCAUUUGGUGUACGAAGCACUAGACAAACGUGCCAUUCCAGCUACCCUACCGCCACAGCUUCAGCGGCCAGCACAGAACACCAGCAAUGGCGGCAGUUUCGAUGCAUUCGGCAGCGGUGGCGACGGAGGUUUUGUAGCAAACUUCCCCACAGAUAUCGCACCGCCACCAGUAGUUCCGCCACUUCCAGCGGUCACUCGAGCCGUUCCGCCACCGAUUGUCCCACCGGCUCCACUUGUUCCACUCAUUCCAACCGGCGCCGUGGAUCCGUUGGCCACCGCCGGUAAUGCCUGGGUAGUCGGCACGCUGGAACGUUGCCGUUACGAGGAGAUUUUCAACAAAAGCGACAUGGACCGGGACGGGUUGGUGUCCGGGCACGAAAUCAAAGAGGUAUUCAUCCAGUCUGGUCUAGCACAGAACGUCCUGGCGCACAUUUGGGCCCUCUGCGACACCAACCAAAUCGGCAAACUGCGCCUGGAGGAGUUCUGCCUGGCGAUGUGGCUCGUGGAACGGGCCAAAAAGGGAAUUGAUCCACCGCAGGCACUGGCCUCGAACAUGGUUCCGCCUAGUCUGCGCAAGAGCUCGCUCAUCGCUGCACCGGAACCGAAACCGACGUACAACAACCCGGAGCUGGAGAUGAUUUCCAAAGAGAUUGAAGAACUGGCCAAAGAGCGUCGCUUGCUGGAGCAGGAGGUCGCCCAGAAGGAAGCCGACGUUCGAAUAAAGAACGGUGAAAUGCGAAGCUUACAGAGCGAACUGGACACCCUGACUGCCACACUGAAGCAAUUGGAGAACCAAAAGGGCGAAGCACAGAAAAGGCUCGACGAUCUCAAAAAUCAGAAAGUUGAGGUAGAUAGUGCCAUUGAUAGUGCCCGGGAUCAGGUGAACAAAAUUCGCGAGCAGUGCCAGAAGCAGGAGGCCACCCUCAAGGAGCAGGAAGGCGAACUGGAUUCGCGCCGUUCGGAACUGCAGAAGCUAAAAGACGAAGAGCAAGCGCUCGAAAAGGAAUACAACGCCAGUACCAAAGACGUCGACCGGCUAACGUCCCAACUGCAGGACACGCAACUCGAGAUCAGCCAAGUCAAGGCGAUGGUUACUCAAAUCCAGGAGUACCAACGGCAGAUGAACGACGCAUUGGCCAUGUUCCGAAAUGCGAUCGACACUAACGAUCCGGUGCUGGUGUCCGACUACUCCUUGAAGAUUGAACCCGAAUUUAGAGAGGCCAAGCAAGCGCUUGAGGAGAAGGAAGUCGAGAAUGCUAACAAACGGGAUCCCUUCGGGGAUAAUAAGGCAAACGGUUUCGGUGCUAACGAUGGAGAAACAGGGUUCGGCGAUGAUUUCAAAACCAACGGAUUCGCCACGCAAUUUGACACCAGCAAUGGAUUCCAGAGCGGUGGUGGUGGAUUCGAGGACGGAUUUGGCAAUGCAUUCGACAACAAACCCAGUGACCCGUUCGGCACAUCAAUGGGGGGAAGUGGUGCGGCUGAUCCGUUUGCCGAAAGCAAAGGAACCAUGCAGGAUGCUUCCAAGGACGAGUUCGGAUGCGAUCCGUUUGCCGCGCUGCACGCACCCACCUCCGCUAACCAAAUACUCUCGCCCAGUCCUAGCAAAUCGGUAGCACCUCCUCGACCGGAAUCGCCUAGUCCUGCGUUGCCGCCGAAGAAGGCGAAACAGCCUCCGCCGAGGCCAGCCCCACCCCGGCCAUUACAGGGUCCCACACCGACGAAGCCAGCGCCCCCAGCGGCGAUGAUGUCGUCGGACGCAUUCGGCGACAGCAGUGGCGGCGGUUUUGCCAACUUCGCUGACUUCGACAAUAAGAACCUCAAACCUGCCGCCCCAUCGCCAUCCACGGUACUGCAAUCCUCCUCGAUUUCCUCCUCGUCCGUAUUCGGGUCCUCGUCGGUCCUUUCGCCAUCGCCAAUCGCAGGCCGAGGUGCGGCGGCGUCCCCAGUUGCCGGCCGAGGUACCAGAGCAUCCCCGCUGCCAAUUCUACUCGGUGCUUCCAGCAACACCGCCAGGGUAUUAACGGCUUCACCGGCGGCACUCUCCGUAACGCCCACUAACACCGUGACCAGCUCGAAGACUCCUACCAUUGGCGGCGCUCCGACGGCAGUGGACUUUGUCGAAGAUCCGUUCAAGGAUUAUCGCUACGAAGAUCCCUUCAACAUCGAGGAUCCGUUCGCCGACGAUGAUGCGACCAGUUCCGAAGACCCAUUCUCCUCCGAUUCAACAACGCUGAAUAACAACGUCACCAACCUUAACCACAACGCCCCCAGUCCCAAGCAGAUCGCCAAAGCGACCACUAACCAGCUGGACGACCUCUUCGGGGACGCUCAGAACAACAACUUUGGAGCAUUUGGUGCCAGCUUUACCUCGUCGACCAGCACCAAGAAGCCAUCGGCCGCGGAUCCGUUCGAUGCCUUUAACGAUAAUUUUAGUAAAAACACAGGAACCGACAAGCUGGACACCAAGAAAGAUCUUCUCUUCCGGGCAUUUGGAUCGACCGAGGACAGCAGCAGUACGGAUGACGCAUUUUUCGGUGCCGCGGCCAAGGCAAGUCCCUUUGAAGAUGAAUUCGCGCGGAUGGACGAUGGGUUCGCCAAACUGGACAUUUCCAACAACAACAGCAAGUUUGGCACGACGACGCCCAACGAUUUUGCUAACUUCGAUGUGUUUAGCAAUAUUAGCCAGAAUUUCAAGAGUAACAGCAAAACGGACAGUUGGAAGCGAGGAGCCACCAAGAAGAUCAGCGGAUUCGAAGACGAUUUCCCUCUGUCGAAGAAGGACUCCAAACUGCCGGUCAAGUUCUCCGAAGACUACUCGCGGGACGACGAUUUUGGAGCGGAUCUGGAAGCGGUCCUGGAGCGAUCGAAGCUUGAGAAAUGAGUUGGUAUUGAAUUUGUUGAGUUUUCUUUAUUUUUGUUACUUUUGUCCGCGCCUUCUUUAGGCACUCGAAUUAUGCCUAUGGGCGCCCAACCGCGAAGCAAGAAAUAUCCGGAAUUUUACGACUUAACUUUCUGUUUCCUGCUGGAACACGUGUCAUUCCCUAUGUUGAACGUAUGAUUUCACGUGUAUCAAAUGUUUUGUUAAACCUGAAAACGUUUGAAGAGAUUUCGCUUAGUGCUAUGUUGAAAAUCUGAUUCUUUCUUUGGAGAAUAAAGUCUCUUCCCUUCGGUUCACCCAGAACCUCAUUUUACUUAUCUUAGCCUACGAAAAAAUAUUCCAUCACCGCGAGAGCUUUAAUACAUCUUGAACAUAUCAAUACGGGAAGCAAUUUAUAGGCAUUUGGUAAAAAAAAGUCUGAACAGUCGAAUCAUUUUUGGAAGAAAGGAUAAAGCAUCUUACGUGUACAUAUUUUGUAAUAAGUUCGUGUACAGUUUUCGUUCUAUAAAGAGAUUUCAAUGAUGCCUCUUAACCAUCCUUAAUACUUGUAUUACACCAAAUGUGCAAAUAUUUGACUGAACAUGACUCAAUCGCAAAGCUGGUAUCAGGUCUUAGUCAGAAGGACUCUUAGAAAAUUUUAGUCACUGUUUUAAUGUCAGUCCCUACUUCUAAUGGGAAGUCUGAAAAGUGGGACUGUUUCUGUGGUUAUUCGGCCUAACAUUAUUUUCUGAAGAACAGACAUCAUUCGAAAGAAGUUAUAUAAUUUUAUUUAUGCCCCAAAUGUGUAUUAUGUAUUAGCCAAAUGAUUCGCUCCCUUCCAAAAUCUCUUUUUUUACGAAGUCUCUUUGGUUCGGGAGCCGGCCAUUUGGCAGAAGGUCGUUUGACAUAACGUCAUUUGACAUAAUAGGCAUAAGGAAUAGCGGCCAUUUGACAUAAUGGUCAUUUGGCAUAACCAGAAUGAUACCUGUUCUUCAUUAAAAAACUUUUAUGCCAAAUGAACAAAGGGUUUUUUUCUUAUUGUAGUGAAAUCUGGUCAAAAUAAUCUUUCAGAGACUACGUGACUAUUCCAUACUUUUACAAGAUUUUCUUCUAAGUUUCCCCGGGAAAAGGCUUUCCGAAUUAA